ACAAACAGCUCAAUGUUUUCUACUCUUGGUCAAUUGUCUCGUGUUUGGAAUGAAAUGAAUUUCCAAUUUUCUUCCGAAUCUGCUGCUUAUUAUAUGAAAUCUAUACAUUAUACCAGAGCUGUAUCAGGAACAGAGAGAAUGACAUUUGGAAGCAAUGAAUGGGAAAGGAUAGUGGAAGAAAUGUUAGAAUUUGAAAAGAUAUAUAUUCCAUUUCAUUCAACAUCCUAUAGUCCAGAUAUAUUAUUCAAGUUGCAUGGAAGAACGAAUGAGAAGAACUUGAUGAUGUGGGUAUUGCUUGUAAAGGCCGAUGGAGUCGUAAUGUUAGCAACCAACGUAUCUGAGGACUUGAAUUAUUCUAGUCGUUGUUAUUCUUUUGGCGAUAGUGUUGGAGAAUUCUUGAUUCCUCACAACUGUGAAUUGGUUAUUCUUUCUGAAGCUGAUGUAGAAAACGUUAUUGGCAAAGACAUUUUAUCGAAUUUAAGGAACGCUUUCAAGUCUGUGGAUAAUCCACAUUCGAGAAACAUUGGCAUUCAACCCUACAAAC